CAAGUAAAGCAAAAAUUUUGAAACAAUUCGAUACGCAACACACAUUGUUGUUAUUUUGGCAAACCAAAUUCCUGUGACGACAAUUUGAAAGGAUUACUAAUCGCCCCCAAACCCCAGAAAAACAAUGCCGGAAACGAAAACAAAGACGCUUUGCAGCCCCAGCAAUGGUCUUGAACGAGCGGAUGAGGCUGACGUCAUUGCCGCCGCCAAUCGUCUGGUCACUCGCACCCCCGUACAGCAACACCCACACCCCCAACCACGCCCACACCCACGUUCCCAUCGCCAAGGUCGUCGAGAUGCCGCCGGCUUUACGGCCAACCAGGAGGUGCGGCUGAAGGCCGGCGACAUGCGUAUGGCCCGGAUGCAGAUCAGUCUCUCCCAGUUGCGCACCGAAAUGGAGGAGUCGAGCAAACAGCUCAGGGACCUCUGCUCGGCGAUGCGACUCGAUGUGAAUGCUGACUAAAAUCUUCUGGACAAGUCCUGAAAAACACAUUCUCAUUUGCUGGAUGGAUCCCAUGUCAGUUUCGUUUAUGAGUUUUAACAUUAAAACUACCGAAGCUCACUCGAAGCCCACCAAAAAGCAUUCGACUUUUGUUCCACGAAGUC